CUUGUCUUCUAUCCUCCGUGGUUAGUAGUGAUUUACUGCCAUGUAUGAUGAAAAAAUGGUCAAUCCGGCAUGAGUAACCCACUUUAUAGGUAUACCCUAAAACUGUAUCUGUCAGGUCUAGGGUAGCUUGAACUUGACAUUCAAAUGUGCAGGAAAAAGACAAAGAUGAAGAAAGGAGAACAGACAUCCUCUUCUGAUAUGCCGGGUCAACUAUCGCAGCAAAUGUCUGAGGAUGGGAUGGAGAUUAUGGAGCCCAACAAAGCAUAUGGCGUGCACAAUGUAUCCGGACAUAAUAUAUGAGAGUUCAAGUUCCUGUGUAUCCCAAUGAAGCAUAUUCAGUGUGUAAGGGUGGCACACACGAAGACCCAGUGUAUGAACUGGUUAAUUAGACUACGACUGUUUUGAAGACCUUGUAUUAUUAGCUAUACAGCUUGCAUUGUUUCACAAACGUAAUUUUGUUUGUAGUUUUUAUCAAUAAAGUGUGUGUGUCAGGCUCCUGUUAUAAUCUACAUCUCUAUAACAUUAUACGAAUGCAACAUUGGAGGGAACAUAAUGCAUAUUGUGUAGUUUAUAGGGAGGUUGUCCUCUUUUCAGAGGUUAACACUUAACCAGCCACGGACUCAAGUGUCCAAAGCCUCUGUAAGAAUUGAUAUGGGGGUUUUAACACUUAACCAGCAAUUGACAUAUCUGAAAUAGUGCAAGAACAGAGAGAGAGAGAGAGAGAGGGACAGAAGGAGAAGUAAACUAGAGUCACAAGUCACAUGAUUCUAGACACGAAUGGACUCCCUGUCUUUGAAACUCAUCUCUUCCGAUACGUAUACUGGAGAUGAUCUUGUUCUGAUGACCAGCCAGUGAGAUUCCCAUCCUGUGUGUGGUAGAAAGGCUGACAGUAAUCUGCCACAUACAAUGAGAUUGGGACACACAAAGAGCAACUCCAUAGUCCUGAGUGUGCAGUUGCGUAUACUAUUAGUAGAGCGAGGUGACUGAUGGUGUAUUCUGUGAGGAUCAAAACUUUUACUUUGGUGGUGCUCUGGCCGGUGCUAUUGACUGGUCAUGCAGGCUGUGUCCAGGACCAAGCUCCAGGAGAUGGUGUAGCGAUAUGUACUGAGGAGAUCGUUAAUGGAGAGCCGAAUCCGUUCUUUGCCAACCGCCCAAUGUACUCUGUCAAUGAACGACCUCUCAUGGACUCCAGAGACUAUAACCGCCUGCUUCAGGAAAGUGGCGACGCGUAUGUACCGUGGCAAAGCCUGGAUAGGGACAAUAACAAUACAAACAUGGUUGUAACUGAGUGGACUCAAACUGGAUCAGCCACAUGUGCUGGGACAGUGACAGUGUGUGGAUUCAGUGAGGGAGCUCAAGAGAACUGGCUCAUCACACAGCACAUCAACACAGUGCUACCAGGAGGAGGAGGAGAGAGACUGAGGAAAGUGACUGUUCAGUUUGAGGGAACUCUCAAUGGAUGUGAUAUCAGUAGACAGUGCAGACAGAGUUUUGAACUAUACAAGUGGGAGACUUCAGCCAUCGACAGAAAUGGAGCAAAUAACACCAACAAUUAUGUCAGAGUUGGUCGAGUCUCUCCUGAUGUUACUAGUGGAGUCAUGUCCUUUGUUGACUCUCAUGAUAUUGAAUUGGGCACCACAGGUGGUUUUUACUUGGGAGUUGUUGACUUGAGCACUUGUGUUACUCUCACAAGAAUUCUAGUUCUCUACUAUGUGUGUCCAGAGGAGACAUCAGAACUCAUCUCCAGACCUGAGGCAAUUGAAUCCCAGUCUCUGGAAGGCUCACCUUCAGUGGAGGGAGAGUGUGUAGAGAACAGUUCCACAGAGUCUGGGGCUAAUCCUAUUCUCAUAUGUGGUCCUAGGGGACAGUGGCAGGUGAUAAAACCUUGUCUCUGUAAUCCUGGAUAUCAGCUAGACAGUAGUCAGGAUAAGUGCUCAGGU